AUGGCACUGGCCGAGAUUCACCGGACGGUCGAGUCGUCGGUCGCCACGGGGCCAGGACCUGGCGCGUACACGGUACCGAGCCAAGGUGGUCCCCGGACACCCAAUGCACGCAUGCACCUCUCGCGCGUGCCACCGCCCGAGUCCGAUGCGCGACCACUGCCUGCACCCCGCUCGAGCUUUGCGUCGAAAGCGCUCUCAUCAUGGAGCCACUCGCCUCGGUUUCGCAAGACGUUUGUGGCGCCGAAGAGCCAACCCAGUGCGGCCGACGCGAUUGCAGCCGUGCAUUCGCCACAGUCGAUGGAGUUUCGAGCCCGCCGGCGCCGUCUCUGGGUGAGUAUUCUCGUGACGAUCGAGGCCCAUGCGCGCUUCUUCCUCGUCGCGUGCAGGUACCGAACCUGCCAGCGCCUCGUCCUUUGCCUCGAGCGACGACGCCAAGCGGUGCAAUCGGCCCUCGUACGUUGGCACCGCGCGACUGUCCUGCACACGCGCCACGUCUUGCAGCACAUCAUCCACCGGCUGUUGUGGCCGCGCCUACUGCAGGCCCGCGGAACGCUGCGUCUUCGCGCAGCGACAACGCUGCGAAGCUUCUUGACGUGGGCAACGACCCGGCCAGCCUUCCUCAAGGCAUUGCGCCGGUUUGUCGACCGCGUCCGACGUGUCCAAACGUGGUGGCGAACGCUGUACCGAUCGUUUCAGAGCCACUUGGAGCUCUUGCAAUUGCAGUGGCAUGCGCGUGAAGUCCAACUCCGAGUUGCCGCCGUCGCGCAGCGCAAGGCAGCGCCGUUUCUACCGUUCCACGUGCUCUGGCACGUGCCACCGACCACGACCUGGCCAUGCAAGCACUUUGAGCUGACCAGCCAAGGUCACUUGAUCGGUCGGGUAGACGCCGUCGACGAUGGCUUUUUUCUCUCGUGUACGCCGGCGGCCGCCGAGCUGCUGCCGCGACCCCACGGACGGCCGUUCCUGGUUGUCUACCUCGAGCACGACCGCACGCGCUGUCUUGUCUUGACAUCGGACGCGACGUCCGAGCUCCACCUCUGGCUCAACAAGCUCCUGCUGAGCAUCGAGCUUCGACUCGCACGCUCGACUGACGUCGACGCGGCGAGCUUGCGUUGCCAGCUGCGACUCAAAGCGCUUCGCGACAAGCGGCAACUUCGCACGUGCGCGCAUGCAAGCGAUCUAAUGUACUGCGUCGGCGACCUCCUUGGCGACCGUCCGUGGUGCGACCCUGCGCUCGUCCACGACGCUCUGCUCCGCGUGCAUCGACGCCGGCGGCACGCGCACAUGGCGCAAAUGAACAAGUACCGCCUCGGACAGUGGAAGCUGGCUCAAAAGCAACACAACAUCCACUUGCGGAAGAGAGCGCUCCAGCACCAAGCCAGCAGCUUUGGCCUCCGCGCCGUGCCAUUGCCACGCUUCCGCCUGCUCUUGCCGCACGGCGAGCUCGACCAGCUCAUCGAGGAGGUGGUUCUCCAGACGCACAAGGCUGGCACUGCGCCGCUUGCGACGCUGUGCUUCUUGCCGCCGCCGCCUCUCGAGCAGAGCACGGUGCCCUUGUUGCCACUGCUGUAGCUCAACCCUUUCA